GGCUUGUUGAUCAGAUAGAAAGCUAUUCAAGCUGACCCAACUCCUGAGUCCAAGGUUUAGUGUUCUGGAAAGGCUUCCUUUGCUAUCAACCGAGAGAAGCCCUAAUUUCUCUGCUUCUAAUUUUUUUUUUUUUUUUUGCAUCAGAUCUCGUGAUAUAAUACUCGGUCAUUUAUCAUUGUACUUAUACACGUAUGGGUGCAUGAGAUCUCUGGCCACGCAUUUGUUAGAGAAGUAAUGCAACCUUGGUAGCAGAUUGUCUAAUCACUAAUCUUCCUGUCUUGGAAGACUAUUUGGGAUAUUUAAUUGGAGGAACUGUGGGUAGCUGGUAAUGGAACCCCUGUGGAAGCUUCUGUAUUUGCUGGAACCUGCACCUGCUACCCUCAUACUUACAGCUGUGGCUGUGACAUUUGGAUCUGCCUUUCGUGCUCUCAAUUAUGGGAAAGAAAUGGAACGAAAUCGUGACUUAUCAGAAGCAUCAAUUACAUUAGAUCGGUCCCAGGCACUUAUGAUCCCUGUAAUGAGCUCGUGCAGCUUGCUUUUGAUGUUUUAUCUAUUCUCUUCUGUUUCUCAGCUCCUCACUGCAUUUACAGCUGUUGCCUCUGUCUCAUCCCUCUUCUUCUGUCUGUCUCCUUAUGUUGUUUAUGUGAAGUCACAACUUGGUUUGGCUGAUCCAUUUGUGUCACGUUGCUGUUCAAAGUCAUUUACACGAAUCAAGGGGUUAUUAUUGUUGACAUGCUCUCUUAUAGUUGCUGCUUGGUUGGUUUCUGGGCAUUGGAUAUUGAACAAUCUCUUGGGCAUUUCCAUUUGUAUUGCCUUUGUCAGUCAUGUGCGGCUUCCGAACAUAAAAAUAUGUGCUAUGCUCCUCGUAUGCUUGUUUGUGUAUGACAUAUUCUGGGUUUUUUUCUCGGAGAGAUUUUUUGGUGCUAAUGUCAUGGUAUCAGUGGCCACACAACAAGCAUCAAAUCCUGUUCACACAGUGGCUAACAGUUUGAGCCUUCCUGGACUGCAAUUAAUUACAAAGAAACUGGAGUUACCUGUGAAGAUUGUGUUUCCCCGGAAUCUGUUGGGCGGAGUUGGACCUGGUGGAAAUCCUGCUGACUUCAUGAUGCUUGGUCUUGGUGACAUGGCUAUCCCUGCCAUGCUUCUGGCAUUGGUUCUUUGUUUUGAUCAUCGAAAAAGUAGAGAUACAGUAAAUCUUUUAGACUUGCAUUCAUUGAAGGGACACAAAUAUAUAUGGUAUGCCCUGCCUGGAUAUGCCAUUGGGCUGGUCAUUGCUUUAGCAGCUGGUGUUCUGACGCACUCACCUCAACCAGCUCUUCUUUACCUGGUGCCUCAACAUUGGGACCUGUAAUCAUCAUAUCCUGGCUAAGAAACGAGCUAACUGAAUUAUGGGAAGGAACCACUCCGAACAUCCAUGCCAAAGUCCAUCAAAUAGAAGUUUGAUCAGUUUAGCAGAUCCGAAACUGCGUUGUAGCAUGCGGAAAGGUUGUAAAUUGUCUUAAAGAAUCUAUCCUUGAAAAUUCGGAUAAGAAAUGAACUCCAAUAUGUUAUCUUUGUAGAAUCUUACUAUGAACAUCAAAUGUUUUCCUCAAAUGCUCAGUCAGAGGAAAAGAAAAUCAA